AUGGGCAUUUUAAUUAACCAUAGUGUUGAGAACACUGUGGCUUUAGUUGUAGGGGAUACACCAUUGGCACAGUCAAGGUAUGAACGAUUAAAAUCUUUAGGUGCAUCUCCAUUAUUGGUCUCAGUGGCUGACUUCGAGAUCAAAAGCAUAUUAGAGUUGGGCCGUCAAGAAGUGGAUAAUAUUGUUGAUUCAGUGUACGUUGCGACUGGAGAGAAGGAUUUAAAUCUUGCGAGAGAUAUAGCAGCUUAUUGCAAGAAGCACCGUGUACCCGUAAAUGUAGCGGAUCAUCCUGAACUUUGUAGCUUCACGCUUCUAUCGACUUAUUCAGAAGGCGAUUUCCAAUUAGGCAUCACCACUGGUGGAAAAGGAUGUAGAUUGGCCAAUAGAAUAAAAAGGCAUGUGACUAAGAGUCUUCCUCCAAAUGUGGGUGAGAUUUGUAAAAGAGUUGGUGAACUGAGGUAUCAAAUCCAGGCGGAGGACAAGGUGGACAUUUCAGUUGGCCAACAUGACGAUGAUGCGGACCAGGCCGCUGAUUUCAAUAAGCUGGUACUAGAGAGUCAAGCAGAAAGUAUAGAGGAAAAGAAGAAGCAGAGAAUUCGCUGGUUGUCUCAAAUUGUUGAAUAUUAUCCUUUCUCGAAAUUGGCAACUCUAGAUCCUUCAGAGCUGUCAAGAGAAUAUGGCAGAACACAGUCUGUUACAGAUACUGAGGAAGAAUCUGUUCGCCGAGGAAGAAUUUCACUUGUCGGUUCUGGUCCAGGCAGUGAGGAUCUUCUUACGAAAGCGGCUUUAAAAGAGAUCAAUACCGCAGAUAUAAUCCUUGCAGACAAACUGGUGCCCUCACAAGUUUUGGAAUUGAUUCCUAGAAGAACGCCCGUUCAUAUUGCCAAGAAAUUUCCCGGCAAUGCAGAACGCGCUCAAGAAGAGCUUCUUGAACUUGGUCUCGAAGCUCUUGAACAAGGCAAACAUGUGGUACGUCUUAAACAGGGUGACCCUUAUAUAUUCGGACGCGGAGCUGAAGAGUUCAUUUUUUUCCGUGACCAUGGAUUCACUCCCACUGUAAUCGCAGGCAUCACUUCAGCGCUUGCAGCUCCCUUAUAUGCCUGUAUCUCGGCCACUCAUAGGAACGUUGCGGACCAACUUUUGGUAUGUACUGGUACUGGCCGUGGUGGCACUUUGCCAGACUUACCCGAAUGGGUUGCUUCAAGAACUACAGUGUUUUUGAUGUCAUUACAUCGUAUUGAACAAGUAGUAGAAGCCCUCAUAAAAGAAAAACAUUGGAACGAAAACGUCCCAUGUGCUGUAGUUGAACGAGCUUCAUGCCCUGACCAACGUAUUAUUAGAACCAGACUCAAGCAUGUCGCCGAGGCCAUUAAAGCUAAUGGCUCUCGUCCUCCUGGCCUACUUGUAACGGGAUUCGCUUGCGAUGUAAUCACACCCUACCCACAAACUGAUUCCGAACAGAAAUGGCUGGUCUCUGAAGGUAUAUGA